AUGGCGGCAAUAGUGGUGGAUGUGGCAGACUUGAUGACAGAGGAAACCGCGACAGAAGGAACAGUGGAAGAGUUGGCUAGAAUGAAGGACACUCCAGUUCUGAAUUUGGUCAUGUUGGUCAACCUGCAACUUUUGGUUGGUGGGGUAUUAGUCAUACCCACUUGCCGACUCAAUGGGCUUGUCUUCAUCUCCUCAGCAGACUGCAAACUGGGCACGAAUCCACCGACUGAUUUGAGAUCUUGGUACUGUUCAAUUGCUUCUGGAUGCGGAUCUAGAUAUGUAGAUUUCUUGUAA